UAAGAUAUUUUAAAAAUAAAAUUUAUACAGAAAAAUAUGGCUACUUCAUGAAGAGAACUUGAAGAUGAUAUAAUCAUUGCUCAUAAUGAGAUCAGAGAAAAUCCUGAAAUAUUAAUACAUGAGCUUGAAGAUUUGAUUGAUGAGAAGAAGACGUAUUAUACCCCCUCGACCCAUAUGGCCUCGCUGAUAGGAGCUAGUGAUUUGAAAGACAUUGCUUUUGAAGUCAUUCAAAGAAUUAGACAGCUAUCUUCGACUAGUCCUCUGGUUCAUACAAGAGAGCUUGAGUUGGCAGCAAGAGAUCAUUCUCAUUCCCAUCAACCAGAGCAUGAUCUCAUAAUGAGAGUAGAGAAUUACACUAAUUGGGAUGGUGAGCUAAACGAGAUUGUACAUUAUUCAAAAGCAACAGCAAGAGGAAUAGAUGUGCUAAUGAAUAUGGCUAUUUCAGAUUAUAUUGGAGAUACCAAGAAUAUUGAGACAAUGUUUGGGUAUCAGUAUAAAUACUUUGGAGUUCGUGUUACUAAUCAUGAUCUCUAUGAUUUCUGAGUGGUCAUAAUCUAUGCUCAAGAAGUGUAUUCUACAGUGAAGUCAGCACUGCAGGCUUCUUCAAAAAUUGAUGAAGAGUUGAGGGAAGAAAGAGAAUUACUUGCCAGAAAUAUAGCCAAGAACGACUCAUACAAUUAUGACGUUUACUAUGCAAGAGAGAAUCCAAAUGUACAAGUGCAUGAUUAUAUGAAUAAGGCUUAUAAGUCAAAAAGAAAAGUGAGAUUGAAUGAAGAUGCUGAUGGUGAAAGAACAUUCACUGUUCUUAGAAGGGAUUCUUUGGAAAGAAAUACUGAAUAUGCUCCACACAAUGAUCAAGAUUAUCAGUAUAUUGACAAGAGAAAUUCAAGACUUUCUAAAGUCUCUGAUGUACAAAGAAAUAAACCCAACAGAAUAACCUUAGGACCUGGAGAAAGGAUAUAUCACCAGACCACAACUGAUUAUGAUAGAGAAUUAUACAGUAAAAAUGGUGAACUCGGAGGUCGAUUCACUACUAAUGAAUGGGAUAGAGAUCCAUAUCCUCAAAGAUACACAUUAAGUAACCAGAGAGAUUAUGAUGCUGAGCUAUACUAUGCUGAUCUCAAUGAUGUGACACGCAGAGAAGAAUCUAUUGUAUCAAACUACCCAACGGUUUCACCAGAAUUAACUUAUGGAAAUAGUGGCCGUAAAGGAAGAGGAACUGCUUUUGAAGGCGAGGAGAUUACUUCUGAAAAUGUCAGAACGAUUAGAUCUACAGCACAUACUCCUCGGCAAAGAGUAAAUAGAGAUGUGUACGCCCCAGUAAUCAAAGGCAUGGAGGACGAAGGAUAUUACUCCAGCCAAACUUCUAGAACCCACUCAAAUAUUGUUCCAGAUGAUGGAAUUGAAGUAACAUAUGAAGAAGAACCAAUGGACUACAAUGAUUUGGACUUUAGAGUAUCAGAUAGAUAUCCAGCUGGUUAUGACACACAAUCCAUUGAGGAAGAUGUUGCAGCCAUUGAUCGAGCUUCCAAUACAAGAAGACAAGCUAGAUUCAUAGAAGAUGAACCAAGAGUCACUCCCAAUUACAAAAUGACUGAGAGAGAAACCUUCAGAACAUCAAAGGGAAAUCGGAUCGAUGCUGCUCCUAUUUCAAAUGAAGAGUUUGUCCAAAUGAAAGGAAAAAGAAAUGAUGAUUUCAAUUCUCCAGGUAUGUCAUCAAGCAAGAGAACCACAGCAUUUACAACUAGAAGGAAGAUAGCUCAAGAUGACAGAUACCAAAGAGAGAUCAGUCGAUUUGAAGACCCAAACCUAAGUGAUAGCUUUUAG